GGGGAUUUGCAAUGCGCCAGCCACAUUUCAGCGAGCCACGAACGUCACGUUUCAGAACUUCGUCAGCAAGACACGGUAAACGCAAGGAAUGAUCAACUUCUGCGUCAUCAUGUACAUGGACGACAUCUUGGUUUAUUCGAAAACCUAUCACGACCAUGCGCAGCAUAUCGAAUGGACAUUAGGUGCUCUUAGAGAUGCUGGAUUCAAGAUCGCACUCGAGAAGAGCGAAUUUUUCCUUUCUGAAAUUUCGUUAUUGGGUUACGUCGUGACACGUGGAGGACUGCGGCCUGACUCGAGAAAGGUGGCGGCGGUGAAGGAAGCUCCUGUCCCCACGUCGCUGACGCAGAGGACGAACGUGGAGGGCGAUCUCCUCGGGUUCCUGUUCGGAUCCGUGCGCACCGGCCAUCGCCAGCUCAUUGUUCAGGAGCUUGCGCAGUUAGCAGACGAUGUCCCUCUCGAGAUCGUCUCGCAAAGUGACGAGAGCCCGAUCCCGCAUGUCCUUGCGCGGACUUUGGCACCGUUUCUUCUGUGGCCGGCGUGCCUAGAGGAGCAGGGAAGCAGCCGUAAUCCGCCGUCGCAGCGAGGGUAUCUGAACCUGCGAGACAUAAUCGAUCUCGCCUUUUUUCAUGAUCGCACGGCCUCCGAGAACGAGGAGAUAGAAGAAGAAGAGGCCGACGAAGAAGAAGCGGCGGAGGAAGACAAGGAAGAAACCCUGGAAGAGGGGAGCUAUAGCGAGCACAACGAGGAAGAGCUGAGUGAAGAAGGGGAGGAAGAGGAGCAAGACGACGAAGAAGAAGAACUGGAGUUAGAGGAAUCGGAGUGGGAAAUCUCGGCGGAAGAAGAAGAACCAGCGGACGCUCAGGCGGAAGAUCCCAAGGCGGCGCACAAGAAGGAAGAGAUCGCGGCUGGGAAACGACAACUGGAGUUCACCAGCGCGGCAAAUUUGUCGAUUACCGACGAUCCGACCCGCGGCCCAGAACAGCCUAAGCCUGAAGAUGGAGAACAGGCCGAGACUUCGAGCGCACCAACAAGGCGGCGACGAAGCCGAUCCCCCUCCCCCUCUGCCCCUGACCGUCCCGCAGUUCGAGCCCGUACUGAUGCGGGUCAUCGGUCUUCGUCCCCGGUAGUUAUUCCGUCGUCCCCUUGACCACCUCACCCUCCGCCAACUCACCACCUGCAUCCAUUUCCCCAACAAUCCUUUCCCCCCCGACACCUUCCAGUUCU